GGGGACCAAAUCUUACGUCCUCAACAAGCGCUGUUCACGAGUGACGCACACGCGCCAAUGCGUGUUCUGACCACGGCGUGACGUGAAAACUUGUGAAGAUUGUGACCAUCGUCCAAGAAGACAAGGUGUUUGGCACCACCAAAAUCAAGCAUUCGGCGCGUUCGGCAUUUGCUUGGUGUACAAGGUGGCGAUUGACGGCAACUCCAGUUCAGAGGCGGUAUCCCCGUCAGCCUCUGCGCCUCUUAUACUUGAUGCCUGACUACCCCUCCCUGCUUUGAGCCAUCGAAACCCAGCAUGCUGUCAGUCGGACGUCCCGAGUAUUUGCACAUCGCUGAUCUUUCGUGGUCGCGAUAUGCCCACUCUGCGAUCCUGACACCAGAUCCUGACCCCGCGAUCUCGAAUCUUGUUCAGACGUCCGCGACCGCGACCUACGGUGAUGCUCUCGCUCCUCUUGGCUUCCGCUUAGGUAAUGGCGGGGCUGGUCACACUGGGAUUCUGAAGCUUCUGUGCGAAGUGUUCAUAGCUUCACGUGGUGGAGGAUUCAAACUCGAGUGGGUGCUGAACCACUCUCGCCACACCCAGAUUGCUCUUCUGGGCGACGUCGUUCAGGUUGCUUUGACGUACGAACCAGAGUAUGAAGAGCUGGCUGUCCGUGAAGGCUGGGCUGCGAAAGUGUCGAGAGUAUUCAACGACCAUUUCAUUCUGGCAGGUCCACGAGAAGACCCCGCUGCCCUUGGACCAGAGCCUUCUAUAACAAGUGCCAUGGCUAAGAUCGCGUUCCGGGGCUCUAGCACGCAACCGGAACUGCCUGCAAUAUUUCACACAAGGGCAGAUGGUUCGGCAACGUACUACAAAGAGCUUGAGCUGUGGCAGUCCGCACAAGUCAAUCUCGAUACAGCCUCAUCUUGGAGAGUUCGCAUUCCAGUAACACCCUACGAAGCUUUGCUGGAAGCAGAGAGCAAGGGGGCGUACUUGAUCACGGAUCGCGCGACGUAUCUCACUGCGAAACGAGACGGUGUUCUGAAGUCGACAACUGUAUUCGUGGAAGGCGGCCCACAGCUUCUGAAUCCUUGCUCGGCAUUGAUUAAUGUGAAGGCUCCAUACAAUCGACUUGCACGAGACUUUGCAUCCUGGUUGUGUAGCGCUGAGGUCCAGCUGCUGGUCCGUGGAUUCGGCAGGAAGUGGAACGUAGGCAUUCCUAUCUUUUGCGUUGCCGAUCAGCAGGACGUCGCGCACGAAGAUCGCUUGUUAGCCAAGCUAUAGAAGUUGAUAGACAUGAUGAGGAUGUCGAAGCCUCGGCCGAUGCCUUGUUCGUGCCAAUUGAAGUCAUCACACAGGAUAUAGCAGAUAGCUGCCGCCCGUCGAACCGUGUGAUAUCUGAGCUAGAUCAGCCGAUGAUAGAUUUGAGCCCAGAUCUUUGUGAUUCGUAGAUGCCGUGCCGAGUCGUGCUCUUCGUGGAGGACGAAUACAAGGCGGCAAUGGUAACGCAAAACAGCUCUCAAUAAUCUUCUCUCCAUGAACUCAAUCGCGAGCAGGAUCUUAGCCGAGAUAUCGGCUCGGUGUAUGAGAUCCUGUUCUCGCACGUAACAGAC